AUGAAAAGAGACAAUCCUUAUAUGAUUGUGAUAAUCAUACAAGCCAUAUAUGCAGCCAUGUUUCUUCUGUCAAAAGCCGCAUUCGACCAUGGCAUGAACAAUUUCAUCUUUGUCUUCUACAGACAGUCUGCAGCAACAAUUUUCCUAACACCUUUUGCUCUCUUCUUUGAAUGGAAAAGUGCACCGCCUUUACGAUUCAAAACCUUUUGCAAGAUCUUCUUCCUUUCUUUCAUUGGGAUAACUUUGAGCUUAAACAUAUAUGGUAUUGCUUUAAUAAACACUUCUGCAACUUUGGCUGCUGCUACUACUAACUGUCUUCCAGUUAUUACCUUCUUCUUGGCACUCCUAUUCAGGAUCGAAGUUUUGAAAGUAAAAACAGCUGCUGGGGCAGCUAAGUUGGCUGGUGUUGUGGCAUGUUUGGGUGGAGCAGCAACUCUUGCUUUUUAUAAAGGACCUCAUUUAGAACUUUCAAGUCAUUUUCACUUUUUGGGGAAUUACCAUAAAACCCAACAACAACAUCAGGGCCAUGUUCUAUCUGGCUCAUCAUGGAUCAAGGGUUGCUUCCUCAUGCUUCUUUCUAAUACCUUUUGGGGAAUGUGGCUUGUUCUACAAACGUUUAUCGUAAAAGGAUAUCCUUCAAAGCUGCUACUCACGACUCUUCAAUGUUUUUUAAGUUCAAUUCAGUCUCUGGUCGUAGCGUUGGCCGUAGAACAAGACUUUGAACAAUGGAAAUUGGGUUGGAAUGUCAGACUCGUCGCUGUGUUAUAUUGUGGAAUUAUGGUGACUGGUGUGACAUAUUACUUACAAACAUGGGUUAUAGAGAAGAGAGGACCAGUGUUUCUAGCCAUGUCGACACCACUAGCUUUGAUCAUGACUAUGUUCUCCUCAGCAAUUCUCUUGGGAGAGAUAAUAAGUUUGGGAAGCCUUUUAGGUAGUUGUGCAUUGGUUUUAGGACUGUACUGUGUGCUGUGGGGAAAGAGCAGAGAGAAAAUGCCGAAAGCUGCCUUAGACAUGGAGCAAGCUUCGGGUUUGAAUGAACCAAAUAAGUGA